AUGAAUAUUAAAACAUCAGAAGAUGUGUACAAAUUUGUGAAAGACUGUAUAAAAAUAAAAGAAGAAAUAGAUAAUACGAAAAAACUUCCUAAAAAAGAAAAAAAAAACACAUGUGAGUCGAAAAACAAGCCAUCAAAAUACAAUUUUGAUUAUUCAAAAUUUGAGAGUUGCCUUAAAGAAAUUGAAGAUGAUGAAGAGGAAAAAGAGAAUAUACAAGAAAAGAAGCAACACAUUUUAAAUAAUAGGAACCCAUGCACACAUGAUCAUUCAAAGGAAAGACAGCUAUAUGAAAAAGAUUCAAAAGAAAAUAUAAAAGCAUCUAAUGCUUUUAAUGAAGAAGGGAAAAAAGCAUUUUACGAAAAAAAUUAUAAACUUGCUUGUAUUUACUUUAGAAAAGGAUUAAUACAAUUGGAUUACUCUUUCCCAGAAUUAAAACAAGAAAAAGAUGAACAAAGCAAGCUUGAAAUUAAUUUACAUUUGAACAUGGCCAUAACCAAAUUUCACAUGUCUAACUAUUACGAGUGCAUCAGUGAAUGUUCAACGGUACUCAACCUCGACAAAAAUAACGUAAAAGCCCACUACCGAAAAGGACAAGCCUAUAUGUGCCUGGAUAUGUAUAACGAAGCCAAGAUUGAGUUCUUAAAAGUACUAGAGAUAAACCCGGCAGACAAAUAUGUCAAAAAUUCCCUACUUACUUUAAAAAGAAAGAUAUUAAUUUAUAAUAAGAAGGAAAAAUUAGUUUGCUCAAAAGUUUUUUCUUCUAAUGAAAAUAAAGAAAACAAUUUAAUGAAUCAACAAAUGGUUUCCAAUAAUGAUAGCGAAAAAAAUCAAAUAAAUCACCAGAAUAGCGAAGACAAGCAUUCGGAUGAAUGUAACAAUAAACCGAUGAUGACCAUGCAAGACGAUUUCAAAAAUGAGUUCAACAAUAGCGUCGAGCUGUUAAAUUGUACGGAAAAUAAUCAUAACUUUAAUACGUAUAAAAUGAAGGAAUACAUCAAUACUUCUACAACAAAUGAGUCAAAAGCAUUUGGAAGCUAUACACAAAUCCUUUUAUUAAACAACGUGUUCUUAUACCUCCUUGUUUGCUUUUUUGUUUUUUUAUUACUGUUUCUUUUUAUGUUCCUUUUUACAUCGUACAAAAUUUUUUUCACUUUUUUUCUUACAGCCUUGUCAAUUUUAUUCCUUGUGUAUUACUUAUUCGUGUAUACUUAUAUCCCAGCAAAAAAAUAA